AUGUACGGAAUGCUGUACGAGAGCGUGCAGCACUACAUCCAGCAGGAGUACGGCAUGGAGACCUGGCGGAAGGUCUGCCAGAUAGUCGACUGCAAGCACCAGAGCUUCAAGACCCACCAGAUCUAUCCGGACAAGCUGAUGCCGGACUUUGCGGCUGCCCUGUCCGCCAGCACGGGCGAGUCCUUCGACUUCUGCAUGAACUUCUUUGGGCGCUGUUUUGUGCGGUUCUUCAGCAACUUCGGCUACGACAAGAUGAUCCGCUCCACAGGGCGAUACUUCUGCGACUUCCUGCAGUCCAUCGACAACAUCCACGUGCAGAUGCGCUUCACGUAUCCCAAGAUGAAGUCGCCCAGCAUGCAGUUGACCAACAUGGAUGACGAUGGGGCUGUGAUCCUCUACCGCAGCGGCCGAACUGGCAUGUCCAAGUACCUGAUUGGCCAGAUGACAGAGGUGGCAAAGGAGUUCUACGGCCUGGACAUGACUGCCUACGUCCUGGAGAGCCAAAAUGACAUAUGCGGCGGCACAGCCGGUCCCAUCAAGCUUACGGACGGUCCUUUGACCGUGAUUGUCAAGUAUCGGCUGGACUUCGAUAAUCGCGAUUAUAUGGCCAAGCGGGUCAAUGUCAUCGCACAUCCUUCCCAGCUCAAGAUGCCGUCGGUGGAUCUGAACGUGUUCCUCGAGCUGUUUCCCUUCACCAUUGUGCUGGACCACGACAUGAAAAUCACACUUGCGGGCGAGAAGAUUGUCGAGACGUGGAUUCUGCACAAUCCUGGGGUGAACCCGAAGACCUUUAUUGGCAGCCACAUAUUGGAUCGGUUCAAGUGCCGCCGUCCCAAGGACACUCAAAUCCAAUGGCAGACCAUUCUGCAGAUGCGAACAGUCCUCUUCGAGUUCGAGCUCAUUCGCACGGGUCACAACCGUGCCGCCUAUGAUGCGGCCUUGAACUUUGACUUCGAAAACUUUGAUGAAGCCAGCAGCCUGAACGAGGCGCAGGCCAUGGCCUUGGCCAGUGCCAAGGAGUUCAGUGCGGAGAACGCCAAGCAAGAGGCAGCUGGCGCAGGCACCUCCAAGGACGAAAUCGAUCCCGCCACCGGACAGAGGCGCCAUUCGGUGGGACUCCGAUCCAUCCUGCUGAAGGGUCAGAUGUUCUACAUCAAAGAUGUGGACUCGCUGAUCUUCCUGUGCAGUCCUCUAAUCGAAAAUCUGGAUGAGCUGCACGGAAUUGGUUUGUAUCUGAACGAUCUCAAUCCGCAUGGACUGAGUAGAGAGCUAGUGAUGGCAGGAUGGCAGCACUGCUCCAAGCUGGAGAUCAUGUUCGAGAAGGAGGAGCAGCGAUCGGACGAGCUGGAAAAGUCGCUGGAACUGGCAGAUUCGUGGAAACGGCAGGGCGAUGAGCUACUGUACUCCAUGAUUCCGCGGCCCAUUGCAGAGCGAAUGAGGAAGAGCGAGGAACACGUGUGUCAGAGUUUCGAAGAAGUGUCCGUCAUCUUCAUCGAGGUGCUGAAUGUCUAUGACAGUGGGUCCAACAACAUCCAGGAUGCCAUGCAGGCUGUGACCACCUUGAAUAAAGUGUUUUCGGCUCUGGACGAGGAGAUCAUUUCCCCAUUUGUGUACAAAGUGGAGACCGUGGGCAUGGUUUACAUGGCUGUUUCGGGUGCUCCUGAUGUGAAUCCCUUGCACGCCGAGCACGCCUGCGACUUGGCCUUGAGGGUGAUGAAGAAGGUCAAAGCCCAUGCCCUUCCUGGAGUGGCCAUACGGGUGGGCAUCAACUCGGGACCCGUGGUUGCAGGAGUGGUUGGGAUGAAGGUUCCUCGAUACUGCCUGUUUGGGGACACCGUUAACACCGCCUCGCGAAUGGAGAGCAGCAGCGAUCCCUGGAUGAUCCAGCUAUCCAACUACACUGCGCUGAAGGUGAGGAAGGUGGGCUACAAGGUGGAAGCACGGGGAUUUGUCAAGGUCAAGGGCAAGGGCGAGAUGGAGACCUACUGGCUGCUGGAGGGACCAGAGUAG